ACACAUAUCUCUCUCUACAACAACAGACCAGGCCGAGCAAUCAAAAUGGCAUCCACACAGACACCGACAUGGAGCUUGGAGGGCAAAGUCGCCGUCGUCACUGGUUCUGGCCGCGGCAUCGGAAAGGAGAUGGCCCUCGAGCUCGCUCGUCGCGGUGCAAAGGUCGCUGUCAACUACGCCAACAGCUCCGAAGCUGCCGAGCAGGUUGUCAAGCAAAUCAAGGGUUUCAAGAACGGUUCCGAUGCCGUCGCCAUCAAGGCGAACGUUGCUGUGGUCAAGGACACCCAGAAACUCAUGGAUGAGGUCGUGAGGCAUUUCGGCAAGCUCGAUAUCUGCUGCUCAAACUCAGGUGUUGUUUCUUUUGGCCACUUCAAGGACGUCGAGGAGGCGGAAUACGACCGCGUCAUGCAGAUCAACACUCGUGGCCAGUUCUUUGUUGCUAAGGAGGCAUACAAGAGGAUGGAAGUUGGCGGGAGGAUCAUCCUCAUGGGCUCCAUCACUGGUCAAGCGAAGGGUGUUCCCAAGCACGCUGUCUAUUCUGGCUCCAAGGGCGCCAUCGAGACUUUCGCUCGGUGUAUGGCUGUCGAUGCUGGUGAGAAGAGGGUGACCGUGAACGUUGUUGCCCCUGGAGGUAUCAAGACUGAUAUGUACCAUGCCGUGUGCCGCGAGUACAUUCCCGGAGGUGACAAGCUCAGUGACGACCAGGUCGAUGAGUAUGCUUGCACUUGGUCACCACACAACCGUGUCGGCCAGCCUAUCGACAUCGCUCGUGUGGUCUGCUUCCUUGCAUCGGGCGACGGUGACUGGGUAAACGGAAAGGUCAUCGGCAUCGACGGAGCUGCAUGCAUGUAA